AUGAUGAUGCAGAUCAAGAAAGUGUUGAGCAGGGGGAGCUUCCACCCCUGGAUAAUUCAGAUCCACUGCCAGAAGUUGCAAACGAAGGAACUCAAGUUAGACGAUCCGAACGACGCCCUCCAAGGUGCGGCGAUCGGUGGGUUAACAAGUCUUCCUAACGAUGUCUCCUCCUCUUUUUCCCCUCCGCCACCAAGCACCUCCCUUACUCUACAGACUAAAGCUUCCUUCCAGCAAUCCCAGGCUGUUGCAGGAUGGCCAUUGGCACAGGCUCGUAAUUUUGCUGUUAUGUGUGGUGUUAAUGCAGGCAUAUCCUGUGUCUUAAGAAGAUUAAGAGGCAAGGAGGAUGUCCAGUCAUGUAUGGCGGCAGGUUUUGGUUCUGGUGUGAUGUUCUCAUUGCUUAGUGGUAUGGGGGGUUCUAAUCAGGCUGCAACUGCAAUAACUUCUGGUGCUUUCUUUGCACUUGCGCAGGGUGGAUUCUUUAAGGAGAUGCAUAUAAGGGAGAAAAUUUCAAUGCCAAAUCGGGAAGAUGUGUUGUAUAAUGAAACGAGAGGCAUGUUGACUAGUCUUGGUCUUGGGCAUUAUGAAAAAAACUUUAAAAAAGGGUUGCUAACAGAUAACACUCUGCCUUUGCUCACUGAUAGGCAAGUGGCAACAAUGAAUGCUCUGCAAGAUGCGAGGAUUCCACCUGGACCAAGACUGCUCAUUCUUGAUCACAUUGAAAGGGAGAACGAGGUAAAGAAGACGUCUGGUUUUCCACACAAGUGGUAG